AUUAUCUAUCACAGAAUAGAUAUGAUAUAUUAUCAAGUCAGUUUUUCUUACACCACGGACUUCAAUUCUAGUGGUCUGCUUACAUCAUUAGUGUUAUGUGUUAUUCUGUUUAUUCAGAAACAAUGUUCACCAAAAACAUUCGACAGUUUUCACGACACAUUAUUACUGAUCGCAACAAAGAAAUUUUAAGUAUUUAUCAAAGAGGAGGUUUUAAUUUUCGAAAAAAAUUAUCACAAACUCAAUAUCGACCACAAUCUACGCAGGCAACGCAAACGCCAGAUAAAAACCUCUCCUAUCUCUUUCAUCCGGGUGUUUUACCAUUGACUGAUACAACUAUCGGACAAAUUUUCGAAACAGCUGUAGAAAGAUGGCCAAAUCGCGAUUGCAUCGUUUCUAUUCAUCAGAAUGUUCGUUUAACAUAUUCAGAAGCCCUUCGAAGAGCAAAUAUAUUGGCUGCUGGCCUAAGAAAACUAGGUUUAAGAAAAGGAGAUUGUAUUGGACUUUGGGGUCCAAAUGACAUGGAAUGGUUUAUUGCAUAUGUAGCUGCAGUUAGAGCAGGAUUAAUUAUGGUGGGCAUUAACCCAGCAUAUCAACAAGUAGAGCUUGAAUUCUGUCUUAAGAAGGUUCAACUGCAAGCGGUAAUUGCUCCUGAAGUAUUUCGAAUGAAAAAUUAUGCUUCAAUGCUUCUUGAAGCUAAAACCAACUGUCCUGCAUUAAAGCAUCUAAUAAUUUACUCAGAAAAUAUUGUAAGUGGUGUUCAUCGAAUAUCUGAUGUAGAAGCUUUAGCUACCAAGAGAGAUGUUGAAGCAAUUUGCAAAGAGCAAAAUUCUAUAUCUUCCUAUGAUGGAAGUAACAUACAGUUUACAUCAGGAACGACAGGAAAGCCAAAAGCCCCAAUUCUGAGCCAUAGAUCCUACGUAAAUAAUUCAAGACAGGGUGCUGAAAGGUUUGAGCUACACAAUGCUCAUCACAAAAUUUGUGUAAAUGUCCCUUUUUUUCAUGCCUUUGGCAUGAUUACUCAAGUUUCAGCUUGGCACGCAGGAUCAACAUUAAUCCUUCCUGCACCAACAUUUAAUCCGGUAAAUUCCCUGGAGGCUAUUAUCCAAGAAAAAUGUUCAGCAGUCUUUGGAACCCCAACCAUGUGGGUGAAUCUGAUUGAUGUCCAACAACGAGUGGGUGCUUCCAUAAAUCACAUUUUGACUGGAGCAAUUGGCGGUUCUCCAGCUUCACAAGAACUCCACAAGCGAAUAAGCGAGUUCUUCCACUUUGACCGUCUGAAAACAAUAUACGGGCUAACAGAAACCACAGCUAUCUCUUUUCAAAGCUUGCCAAAUGAAAGAAGAGAACUUACUGAAACUACUGUUGGUCACCUCGGUGAUCACCUAGAAGCUAUGGUGGUAGAUGAAAAUGGUUUAACACUUCCUUUGGGGACGCCUGGUGAACUGUGGAUUCGUGGAUAUAGCACCAUGAUCGGCUAUUGGGGUGAUAAAGAAAAUACUGGAAACACGCUGACUGAAGAUGGCUGGUUAAAAACCGGAGAUCAAUUUGUUUUAAGAUCUGACGGAUACGGGCAAAUUGUAGGAAGACUGAAAGAUAUGGUUAUUAGAGGAGGAGAAAACAUAUUUCCCAAGGAAAUUGAAGAUUUUUUUGAAACACAUCCUGCCGUAUUGGAAGCUCAUGUUGUAGGAGUUCAUGACGACGUUUAUGGAGAAGAAGUUUGUGCCUGUUUGCGCCUGAAAAAAGGAGCCGUGAUAACUAAGGAUGAAUUAAAAUACUGGAGCAAGGGAAAAAUAGCACACUUUAAAAUUCCAAAGUACAUUGAAUUCAGAGACACAUUUCCUUGCACUACAAGUGGGAAAGUACAGAAAUAUUUACUUAGAGAAGAGUUGGAGAGAAAAAAUAUCGUACCAUCUAAGCUAAACUAAUUUAAAUUGCUUUAAGUUUUUCCAAUAAACUCUGUUCAAUGUUUUGUAAAAACUACAUUUUAUAAACAUCUCUUAUUCUUAUGAAGGCUUUAAUUAUCUCAGUUAGCUAUAUGAGGGAAUGCAAAUAAAUGUAACAUUUUAAACAAAAAA